GUUAAACAGUCCGUCCGCCGAGACACGACGUGACAUCUCCGCAGAGGAGCGUGUAAGUCUGACUUUCCGUUGUUGUGAUCUUGGCAGUGAGGUUGUGCCACAUUGAGGUUAGUUCGCCACCUGUGUGUCGCGACAUAUGCUGUGUACACCAGAUGAAUGGUGAGAGAGCAGACGUACUGCAGGUAAAUGAACAUGGCCUCCAUUGGUAUCCUUAUUGUCACUGUCAUCUCUCUCAGUGUGGGAAAUGCAAGAACUUUUGUAAAUGUGGAAUGCAAGACUGAAACCUUGGCACAGCACGGCCAGCCGGCACUGCUGGAGUGUGUCAUCAAAACCCGGCAAGACGUGACAGACGUACAAAUGCGGGUGGUCACUUGGAAGAAAAGGGGCGUCGAUGAGCCUUUGCUGGUUUACAACAGAGGGAGAAUUACGCACAAGCAAGGCUAUUCACUCGCUGAGCCGUCCUGGAACUACAAGAACAUGAACGUGACGCUGCUCAUCGCCAACACCGCCAUAGAGGACAGCGGAGUUUAUGAGUGUAUGGUGAUGACAAACAGCGGUGAAAACACCAACCACACCUACCUGAAAGUCACAGCCAAAUACAGCGUGCCAACUAUAAAACCCAAACCUGACGUUACAGACAAACCAGAAACUGGAGAGCAGGGACAAGUAAAAGGGUUGGAUCCAGCCUCCAAGGUAGUCGCUCCUGUGGUGGUCAUCGGCUCGCUGAUCGUAGGACUGCUGCUGGUGCUGUUUUACAAAAGGCGACGACGAAUUAUCCGGAGGCAGUCUACAAAACCCCUUAUGGGUGACCGUCAGGGCGUGCGUACGUGUGAGUCAGACGUUGAGGAAGGUGAUCAUCAGGAAAUGGAUGAAAAAUGCCAAGACGACCUGGCCUGAGGAGGCGCAGUGUGUCACACAACUAUGCGAACUUACCAGCAACCUCUGACAUCAACACUUCCUUGUUUGCUAAAUUCCACUUUGUCAUUGCACUUUUCCCACGGCAAACAACUGUGCAUAUAACCAGGAAUAACAUGUAUUACUGUGAUUUACGGACUGUAAGCCCCUCACUCACCUAUGCUUACAAAGUAAACACAGUUAAAUGUGGUUUAAAUCUAAAAGAACAAAGAUUUCUGACUGAUUCUGAAUCAGGGACAGCCACCUUAAACAGCCACAUCAGGAUCAAUAUCAAACAUCACCAAAAUACAGCUUGAUAGUGAUAUUAGUCUGGCAGCGAAGCUCUGACACUGUGUGAUUGUGUGUUGGUUAUUGAAGGAAACGCUUUGUUUAACCGUGUCUUUGUUCAGCUGAAGCAGUAACUGUAGCCUUUGACAGCCUGGCAGGAGGAGAGUUCCCUCGCACUUCAUUUUCUCGUGUUAUGUCAACGUUGCCAACUAUCUUGUGUGUGUGUGUGUGUGUGUCUGUGUGUCUGUGUGUGUUUGUGCGUGAUUACUUUCAGGGGACACAUUUCAGACUUAAGACCAGUUCACAGAGGAUGGCUGGUACAACUGGAGACAAAAGCUGAGUUAAGUUAGGUUAGUUAAGCGAAGGGUUAGGAUAAGUCUGCAGAUGAAUGAAUGAAUGAAAAUGAAUGCAAGUCUGUGUAAUUCCCCAGAACUGCCCUAAGUGUGCGUACGCGUUCCAGGGGAAUGUCACUGAUACACUGAUUUUACAGACUUCGACUUUUUUUUCUUUUUUUUCAUUCUUCAUUUUUUUCAUUUAAAGCCAGCGUUGAGCAGUCAGCAGAUCCAGUGAAAAGACCAAAAGCAUGGAUGCACUGUGUGACUGGCCUGCCCCUGUCUGUGGCGCUCAAAGAAGCAGGGGCAUAUGGUCCUUCUAAAGGCGCAGGGUGCUAGCUUUUUGCAAACAUUUUUCAAAUAGGACUAAAAAGUGUAUUUGUUAUGUUGUUUGUUAUUCAUUAUUGGGCAUUUGUUGCACUUGUAUUUGACCACCGUUUAGUCACCGAAUUGACGACAGCAUGAGAGUUUGAAUUGCAGCAAUGAAUCAGAACAGCAUGUCGCAUUGUGUGGAACAGAUGCAGGAUUUCAGCUUUUCUGACAACAGUCGAGGUCUGUGGCAAAGAAGAUAAGCUAUAUCAGGCAACACUGUUCAUAGAUCAAUUCAUUGCUGCAUUGGUUUUGACCUUUCAUGGGAUUUUUAGAAAAUCUAAAUACAUCACCAGCGUUAUACUUCAAGGGGCCUCGUUCAGAGGUUUUGCAUGAUUUUAGUCCACUGGUCUAGCUUAAAGUCCAAUGUUUGCCUUCACUGUCCUGAGAACAGUCAACCCUCGCAAAUUUCAUAUCCUGUUUCUAAUCGCAGUGAAAGUUCAUUGUGUCCCCAUGAUCUUCACUUGUCCUUUGUGGUUGCAGAACAGCAUGUAGAGAAUAAAAGCCCAAAUCACAUGUUUGUGUUCCUCUAACUGUUCUCUGCCAGACUGUGUUUUUAUAAUUUUUGGCAGCAGUCUGCAACUUUAUGGCCAAGUCGAGGUUUAUCCUGACCAUCUCAGGAUGGUCUUUGGUUUCCUUUUUAUCCCGGUCUGAUUACCAGCCCUCAGGAAAAUGGGCGCCCGUAUUUUCAGGCUUUUGAGUUCAUGAUGUUUGAUGUUGUUGAUGUUGUUGUGACCUGAACCUUGGUUCAGGUCACAACAACGUAUCUGCUCUUCCUUUGUCCCCACACCACAAAACAAAGUUAGGUGUGUUCAACAAAAACAGCUUAUUGUCCAGAAGUAAAUGAUUAAUCUGGGUCCUGUUGUCAGUGUUAAUCAUUGGCUUACCAGACAGAGAAAAACACUCCAUAGAGUGUUUGUGACUGUUGUUUUGUAUAUACUGUUUUUAUAAAAUCUGUGAAAAUUAAAAUUCUGUGUGUCUGUGUGAAGUGAUAUUAUUUAACCCAGUUUAUACAACUACAGAGAAUCACUCUGUAUUUGUUGUGUUUUGUAUGAUUAGCACACACUGCGUAAACUGUGAUAUUUUUUUAUGUAAUAAAACCCGUUUUAACUGA